AUGGAAUCUUCCAUAUGUAACAUUGAGAAAAUUUUAGAUCUUGCUAAUCUCUUGAAGGUAACAAAACUCAUUACAUGGGAUGGAGCAUCUCUGAUUAAUAAAUUUUAUUUUGAAGCUCUUGACAAGUCAUUGAAGGAUAUAAUGAGUGAUGACAAUGUUGAAUGUCAACAAAUUUUUGGAGGCAAAGUUGUAAUUUUUGGUGGAGAUUUUAGACAAAUUCUACCUAUUGUACCAAGAGGUACUAGGUCUGAUGUUGUUCAUGCAACAAUAAAUGCAUCAUAUAUUUGGGAUCAUUGCAAAGUUUUGAAUUUAACCAAAAAUAUGAGGUUGCAAAGUGGUUCUAAUUUAGGUAAUUCAGAAGAAAUUAUGAUAUUCUCAUAUUGGAUUUUACAAGUCGGCAAUGGGAAAGUCUCAGAACCCAAUGAUGGCUAUGUUGAAAUAGAUAUUCCUGAAGACUUACUAAUUAGAGAUUUUGUGGACCCAAUUCAAGCAAUUGUUAUAAGUACCUAUCUAGAUCUACUUCAAAAUUACACAAGUCCAAAUUUCCUUUAG